AUGUGGUUGAAUCUAGUUGUCUUUGCCACGGCGACGUUGGCUUAUCCCUGGGUGGUUGACGGCAAUGUUAUCCCGGCCUGGCUACUACGUCAUAGAACAUCCGAUUCCAGUGCAUUGGACCAUGUUGACUUGUUUUACGGUACAGAAGGCGGAGGCAAUGUGUUUCCCGGGGCUACGCGGCCUUUUGGAAUGGCUAAAGUGGGCGUCGAUGUCAUCGAUCCCAGUUUUGGCAACCUGUAUUCUGGCUAUGCACCAGGUGGAGUCGUCACGGGAAUUUCGAUGAUGCAUGAAAGUGGCACGGGUGGUGCUCCACAGUACGGAGUAGUUGCGCAAUUGCCAUUCACGGGUGACUUCAAUCCCCAUGUUCAGACAAACUUGAGUCGCGCUCACCUGGAUAGUGCUAAAGUUGGCUAUUACGCCGUGAAUACUACCAAUGGCGUUGACGUUGAGUUCAGCGCUGGUGAGCGAUUCGGGAUAUUGAAGUACAACUACCACGAUGGCGUCGACGCUAAAGUGUUGGUCAACGUGUCGCAUCACUUGACAGCUCCCCAGAGGCCGUGGUGGACGCAAUAUUUCGUUAACGGAUCAAUUGAUGCCACGAAGCUGGGGUACCAUGGAUAUACCACCAUCAAGGGAGGCUGGGGCGACCAAAAACCGUGGACUUUGUACUUUUGCGCCAACUUCUCCCUGGCUGCUCAAAGUGUAAGCAGCUUUCAAGGCACAACUGUGGAGCAAAACCGUGUCUCCAUUAGCUCAACCGAGCAAGAUGAUUCAUUUGGGUUGGUGUUUGAUUUCGGGAGUAGGGUCUCGGAAGUGGUGAGUCAUGUGGGGAUAUCUUUUAUCUCGCGAGAGCAGGCGUGUUCCAACAUCAACCACGAACAGGACUUCAACUCGCUCGUACUGGAGACGCAACGGGUAUGGAACGAGGAGGUGUUUGACAAGUUUGAAGUCGUGAGCCCCGAGCCUCAGGUGGUUGACCAGUUCUACACCAACUUGUACGGGGCGCACCUCAUUCCAUCAAAUCGAACAGGCGAAAACCCGAACCCCGGUUGGAAGCCGGACCAAGUCUACUACGACGAUUUCUUCACCAUCUGGGACACGUUCAGGUGUCUCAACCCCUUGCAUAAUAUAGUCAGCCGCAAACGGGGCUCCGAAAUAGUGCAGGCGUUGACCAACAUCUACUUGAACGAAGGGUGGACCCCCGAUGGCAGGUCAGCGAACCAGAACGGCCGCACGCAAGGCGGAUCCAACUCGGAUAUCGUGAUGGCUGACGCCUUUGUUAAGCACAUCCCCGACGUCGACUGGGAGCAAGCCUACGCGGCAAUGAAGCAGAACGCCGAGGUGCAGCCUCCGUACUGGUACGACUCCUUCGCCCCCGAUGCCUCAACUAAGCAAGGACGCGGCGCAUUACCUGACUGGUUGCAAUACGGCUACAUCACGCGAAACUACACUCGAUCAGUCAGCAGAACCAUGGAGUACGCGUACGACGACUUUGCAUUGAGCCAAGUUGCCAAGGGACUCGGGUUGAGCGACGACCAUGCUAAAUACUUGCGUCGGUCAUCGCAAUGGCAGAACAUCUGGAACAAGGAUGCUCAAGCUGAUGGAUACGAUUACAAAGGCUUCAUUCAGCCGCGUGACGCCGACGGGUCGUUCAAUUAUGAAGAUUACGACCCCAUGUCCUGUGGCGGGUGUUAUUGGGGAAACGACGAAUACGAAGGAAAACCAGUUGAGUACGGCUUUGCUGUUCCUCACGAUAUCGCGAAAUUGAUCCAACUUGUUGGAAGUCUGGAAACGUUUGCCAAGAGGAUUGAUGACUUGUACCCUUUACACGGGAAGAAAAUAGCCGAUGUCGGAAACGAGCCUAGUUUCCUCACUCCAUUCUUGUAUAAUUUCGUUAAUGAGCAGUGGAAGUCUGUGGAGUUGGUGCGGUACAUCAUGCAGCAUGAUUUCCAUUUUGGUGUCAAGAGCUUACCGGGUAACUCCGACGGGGGCGCCAUGCAAGCGUGGGUCAUCUUCAGCUUGAUUGGGAUAUACCCCAUCGCAGGAACCACUACGUAUCUAAUUGCAUCACCAUUUGUGAACCACUUGAAAUUGCAUUUGGAGAAUGGCGCUGUCUUCGAAGUUAGCGCUCUGGGGUUGUCGCUGGAUAACAUCUAUGUGCAGAGUUUGAAAAUCAAUGGUGAAAAAUGGAACAAGAACUGGGUUGACCAUGACACGUUGUUUGGUCCCAAUGGUGGCUCGAUGGAGUUUGUUUUGGGGUCGUCGCAAGUGGUGUGGGACACCGGGUCGGUUCCACCUAGCUUCGGCCACAUAAAUUGA